AUGAGUGGUGGUGGUGAAGAAGCACUGACCACUGAAGCCAUCAUUUAUAUUCAUCUCAAAACUCGUCGUUUUAUGACUCUUGAUAUUCUUAGGCUGAAUCAUAUUUUUGGUGGCCGCCCAAAAACUAUCCAUUUUUGGGCUCCAACUUUUAAAUGGGGCGUAACCAUUGCCAAUAUUAUCGACUCUUCAAAACCACCUGAGCAACUCUCCUACGUUCAGCAAUCAGCCCUUACAUGCAAUGGACUUAUAUGGGCAAGAAACAGCGCAGUAAUUACACCAAAUUGGAAUCUUUUCAGUGUCAGUAUUGGGAUGGCUGCAGCUUCCAUGUUUCAACUUUCACGUAAAAUUCAGCAUGACUUAUCUCCCAAAAACCAACAAGCUGCUGCAAAAGAAUCACUUCAUCAACUUAUUAUAGAGUAA